AUGGCUGAUCAGACAUUAUUGCCAAAAGCUCGAAAAGCUCGAUUCGAUGAUUUACCAAAAUUUUCGGGACAUCCUUCGGAGGAUGUCGAACGUUUUUUAAAAAGCAUUAAAAAUAUUACAAAGGCUAACGAUGAGUCAGAAAAUCAUGAAAUCCUCGAAAUCGUUCGUGGAAAAUUAAUUCAAUCCGCAGGAUUAUGGUUCGAUAAUCAUGAACAUGAUUUUAAAAAAUGGUCAGAUUUUGAAACUGCAUUUCGAAAUCGUUAUUUCUCAUCCACAAUGAUUCAUAAAAAAUUUGAUUUAUUGAAACAACGAAAACAAUUGCAUAAUGAACCAGUUACAUCUUAUUUUGAUGAUGUUGUUAAUCUAUGUAAAGAAAUUGAUCCAACUAUGUCAGAACAAAUUAUGAUUAAACAUUUAAUGAGUGGAAUUAAUCCUGAUUUUCAGAAAGAACUUUCUCGUCGUGAAUCAUCUAUGAAUACAUUAAAUGAAUUUUUAAAAUAUGCUAAAAUCGAACAAGAUUUAUAUGAUACAUUUGAAAAAUUUCAUCGAUUAUCAAUAGAAUCUACAAGAA